GAGUUACAAAGAGCUGUUUGGGUUUGAGCGGUGAGAGAUUUCUGAGAGAGAGAGAGAGAGAAGUGGUUUUCGUUUCCCUGCAUUUCUCAUCGUUCCGGUCGGUUGCAUCGACGGCUGCAUCGCGGAUUUGGGCCUUGAGAGAGUGGGCGCGGAAGUGAAAUCGGGGUGUCACCCAGACUGGCGUCUGGCGAAGGAGUAGACAAGCGUCGCCAAUUCAACAUCUUCUGCAGCACUCGGGGAGUGGUGUUUGCUUCUUCGAGCGAGUGUUCGCAGUUCUGCACUCUCGCAGUUCUCGUUCUACGCAGCGGCGCGCAUUUGGCGUCGCUCGGAGCAGUUUGGAUGUCCAUAGCUUCAAGGUUUCUGCCGUGUUUCUGCUGUGUUAGCCGUGUUAUCGGUUGUAGUAGAAGUAGAUUGCCCGAGGCUGGUGUAUUCUAUUGUGCGGAGAUCGAGACAGGCCCCAUAGUCUGUCCGUCCGCCGGGUCGGGGCUGUGGCUUUAGUUUCGGCAUCUGAAGAUUUUGCUCCUGGAGUCGUUGGAGACUGAGUGACCAUCAAGCGUCCAAGCGUGGGAGGUGGUGCGGGUGACCUAGUUACUGAAGCCGAGUGGCACUCGGAAGAAGGGCCCUGCCUGACUCUCCUCGGUGGGAGCAGCUGCUCGUGGUUCUCUCAGUCGGUCAGCUGGCUAAUCAAAGAGCCAGCGUUUCGUUGCUUUUGAAUUACCACAAAAUUCGCAGGUGAUGUCAUUUCUUUACACGAUCAGACACUAUCGCUGUGGGAAGAAUUUUUUCCACGAGUGGAUGUUCCUCUCCGAGAGGAAAAGUGUCGAGGACGAAUAACAUAGAAGUCGGCUUCGCAGCGGCUGGAAUCUGUGUAUAUCGUCUUUGAUUGUGGAGGGCGCGCAUUCAGCGUCGUCUCACUCCGCAGUUGUUUCCUGCCCUCGGAGCAGCGUUAACUAUUUUCCCAGAGCUUGUUUGAGCUGUGGAUUGUAAAUUCCUCAAAAUGCCUGGAAGCAACGUAUCACGUGGACUGCUGAAGACCGUCAAGAGCUUCGGCAAGCGGUCUUCUUCAUACGAAUACCUUGCUGACGAAGAUGACUCUCCCUCGAAGAUGAGGAGCGGGAGCAGGUCAAGACUGCCCGAUGACAUCCCUCAAGGGUACCUAGCUGUGUACGUCGGCAACGAGAGAAAGAGGUUCGUCAUCAGCACCCAGUACCUCAGCCACCACCUUUUCAAGGCCCUUCUGAAGAAGUCCGAGGAGGAGUUUGGUUUCGAGCACCAAGGGGGCCUGCCAAUCGCGUGUGAGCCAGACUUGUUCGAGCACUUGCUUUGGCUCAUUGGCACCAACAGCCCCGCCGCCGAGACCUCACAAUUGGAUGAUCUGGUGGACUUAUACGCCUCAUUUUGACAACGGAGAGGGAGGGAAGUAUAGUUUGGAUCCAUGGAGUAAGCAAGGGCCUAUCACCGCUGGCUAAUCCUCAUCUCUCGAAUUUUGCAAGUACGGGUGCCGGCCGUGAUUCUUCCUGCACACUCCUGUACAUAGAUCAUCACGGUAAAUAUACACAGAAGCGGGCCGGGAUGAAUGCCCAUUGUGUGCCUACUCUGGUUUUUUUGGCUUUCCUUUCGGAGGAAUUGAUAUGAAGUUAGAUUAGAUAUGUAUGUUUUACGAUCCUCCAACCGGGGUGGUCAUCCUCGACGCUGAUCAUCUGACUGAGUAGUGAUGGGUCGUAGAAUAGUCAAACACACAAAAUGCUUCAUUCAACGUAAGUUGUAAAGCCUGCAACCUACAUGUUCGCCCUUUCAAUAAAUUCAAGCUACAAUAUGUUGGGCUCUUCAAGUU